AAGGCCCUCCACUCCGCUAACACGGGCCAGCUCUGAGGAAGGCCCUCCACUCCGCUAACACGGGCCAGCUCUGAGGAAGGCCCUCUACUCCGCUAACACGGGCCAGCUCUGAGUUUGCCUCGCUCCUGCUCUCUGCUUCAGGUCUCACUGGAUUUUUUUCUUUUUCCUUUUUUUAAAAAAAAAAAUAAAAAAUAAUCAACAGUAUUUUCAAGGAUCUGGAAGUACUUCCAGCAUCACCCUCCACCCUUUGGCAUCCUGACUCCACUCUGUGUUGCCAAAGUCCUACGUUUUAUGUCCUCUCGCUCUGUUUUGUUCACGCUAAAGCCCGAUAAUGGCCGCAGAAUGCUUCCAGUUCCGUGCCCUGUAUGAGUACAGCAGGGACUGGGAGGGAGACAUCGACCUUGCGCCAGGGGACAUCCUGACUGUGGACAAAGUGUCCCUGCUGUCACUGGGCUUCAAGGAGGGUGACGAGCUGCACCCCGAGCGAGUGGGCUGGAUCGUGGGCGUCAACGAGCGCACUAAACAGAGGGGCAACUUUCCGGGCACCUACGUGCAGUAUGUGGGCCCCGUGAAGAUGGCCCUGCCGUCCAGCCAGGCGCGCCUGCAGAGACCCCUGCCGGCCGCCCCCAGAGCCGAGCCACCGCCUGCACAGCGAGCUGUCCCCGUUCAGGAUCUGAAAGACCAGUUCUCACCCCCAGAAACUGCACCCCCCCUCCUGGUGAAGCUGGUGGAGGCCAUUGAAAGGAACGGUCUGAACUGCCAGACGCUCUACAGGACGACGAGCUCCUCUGGACAGACCCUGAACCUCGCGGACCUGUCCCCGGUGGACCUGGACCUCUGUCACGUGGACGAGCUUUCGGUGGCUCUGCAGACGUACCUCCGGGAGCUGCCUGUCCCUGUAAUCCCCCCUGCCCUCUAUCCCGCCCUGCAGGAGGCGCUGAAGCGAGGAGAAGAUACCCUGACACCGGAGCGUGGUGCCGGGGGCCUGAUGAAGGCCCUGGAGGGGCCUACCGUCCCGGUGCAGAACCUGCUUACUGUGCAGUACCUGCUGAGGCACCUGGACACCGUGUGCCAGCACUCUGGCACCAACGGGCUGGACCCCCGUGCCACCGCUGCCUUCUUCGGCCCGCUGCUGCUCCAGGCCCCUGCCACAGGGCCGGAAGUGGACGAGGACUUCCCAGUCCAGCUUCUGGAGCGACUUCUGCUGGAGAGAAGCUGGGAACAGGAGGAGGCGCCCCCAGCCCUCCCUCCCAAGCCUGCCAAGAUGGCAGUGUCCUCCGUCCCCAGCGGGAGCGCCCAACUGAGCGACGCCGAGUGGUACUGGGGUGAGAUCUCAAGUGCUCCACCCACCCUAGGCAUGGUGCCCCACCCAUCUGCAUACAGUGCUCCACCCACCCUAGGCAUGUCUGCCAUCUCUGUGCCUCACAGGAAAGGUGGAAACAAUAAGCUGAUCAAGAUCUUCCAUCGGGGGGGCAAGUAUGGCUUCUCUGAGCCACUGACCUUCGCGUCGGUGGUGGAGCUGAUCACCCACUACCGGCACGAGUCGCUAGCGCAGUACAACCCCAAGCUGGACACGAGGCUCCUCUACCCCAUCUCCAAAUCCCAGCAGGAACAGCUGGUGAAGGAGGACAGUAUCGAAGCUGUUGGUGAGCAGCUGAAGGUCUACCACGAACAGUACCAGGAGAAGAGCCGGGAAUAUGACGUCCUGUACGAGGAGUACAUGCGCUCAUCCCAGGAGCUGCAGAUGAAGCGCACAGCCAUUGAGGCUUUUAAUGAGACCAUCAAGAUCUUUGAGGAGCAGUGUGAGACUCAGAAACGCCACAGCAAGGAGUAUAUGGAGAAAUUCACCAAGGAGGGCAAUGACAAGGAGAUCCAGCGAAUCCAAAGCAAUUCUGAGAAGCUGAGGUCCAGGGUGGCAGAGAUUCACGACAGUAAGAGGAAGCUUGAGCAGGAUUUGAAGAAACAAGUGUCUGAUAACCGUGAGAUUGACAAGCGAAUGAACAGCCUGAAACCUGACCUCAUGCAGCUGAGGAAACUCCGAGACCAGUACAUAGUAUGGCUCACGCAGAAGGGCACCAGGCAAAGGAAGAUCCAGGAGUGGUUGGGUAUGAAGAACGACACAGAAGGCCAUUCCUCGCUGGUGGACGAGGAGGAGGAGCUCCCACAUCACGACGAGCGCACCUGGUACAUGGGGGAUGUGAAGCGCAUCCAGGCCGAGGAGCUGCUCAGGGCCAAGCGGGAUGGAACCUUCUUGAUCCGCGACUGCCAGACGCAGAAGGGCGCCUUUGCCUGCUCCGUGGUCGUUGACGGAGACGUCAAACACUGUGUGAUUUUCAAGACGGCCACGGGGUACGGAUUUGCGGAGCCCUACAACCUGUACGGCUCCCUCAAGGCCCUGGUCCUGCACUACAGGGAUGCCUCGCUGGUCCAGCACAAUGACUCGCUGAAUGUGACCCUGGCCUAUCCUGCCCUCACCCAGCAUCCCAGAUGAACGCAGCUGAGGGGCAAAGACUCACGCUUUUGAUGUUCGUCCCUUUUGUACUCGAAUCUCAGAUUAGGUCCCAUGACUCAUAUCAAGGAGGACUGGAUACUGAAGUGUACUGUACUAUUUAAAGUAGCUUUGAGUUAUUUCAGUGUUAACCAGUUAAACAUGUUAACAAUCAGCCCUCUUGCCUAGAUUUUAAGUGUUUCUUAGGUUCUUCGGUUCUUUGAAAGUGUUUUUCUCCUUUGUGAUUUGAAGUGGUUCCUGUGCCUGGUUACUGGUUAGGCUGAACACGUGGGACCGGACAGUGGAGUGGAAUUGGUGCUUUAGGAAACAUGCAUUGCUCGUAUGAGCUUCCGUUUCGGAGGGACAGACUCUCCUUACAUAGGGAGCCCGUAGGGCCCAUUCUGGCUUGUCUUCUGAAACCGAGAGCUAAGAAGGUCUAAGAAGGUCAGCGGCUGUAAGGAGCCGGGGAAUAAGGGGCCGUCGGCCACCUUCUGGCCUGUCACGCAUUUACAUUUUCUCACUGCUUUUUUUCUUUCUUUACAUCAUAGAAAAACAUUUCUGCUCCAUCUUUUCCGCUCAUCACAUUAUGUACUUUUUCCUGGUUUGGGCUGUGGCCGGAAUGAAGAAAUUGUUCAUUUUGCCUUUUUUAGCCUGAGUGCGACUAAGUGAUCCGCAUCACCGGGAGGCAAUUCCUUCUCGCUAAAUAAUCCUUGUGCAUCUCCUCCAAGCCGCUUUCCGUCCUCUCGCCUGUUUUGGACGCAAUCUGAUGUACAAAAGCCGUAGGGCAUGUUAGUUUGCAUGAGGAGCCCUGGAGAAAUUGCCACCUGCAUUUUUUUUUUUUUUUAGAAAGAUGCUAUAGAUUCAUCAUAUCAAGUCAGUUUAAGCCAAAUGAAGGACAUUCAUGCAGCAGACCAGCUUCUCCUGGUUUGGAAGCUUGGAAAUAGUGACGUGAGAGAUUUCAUUUUAAAGACUGCAUGGAAUUUUCUCCUUCAGAGAUAUAAUCUAAGCACUUGUUACUAGUACUGUUUAAACUGUAUAUCUGUACAAUAUGCAUAAAUAGUAAUGGAUAUAAGUAUAUGUACAGGAAGGAGUUGCCUGACCUUGAGCUGUACUUUCUAGUUUAAGGGGCCCCUCACUGUCGGUUUACAGGGACAGAGUCCUUGUGUGUGGAUUUUGUAGCUAACAGUAACACCAUCAUUUGAAAUCCAAAAAUAGCAGACAUGGGGGGAGACUGUAGCCCGUUCUGGAGCCGCAGGUUGGAUUUCUCAUUUCUCAUCACCCGCUCGGUCCAGUUCGGCCAGCUGGCCGCCCGUGGUCCUGCCCGAGCCAGGAGAGCGAUGGAUUCCUUUAACUGCUGUGUCUGAGGGGAGUUGGACCCCGAAAAGCGUGCCUCUUCGUACCUGAGUAUCAUAACGGUGUAUUUACAGUUUUGUUCUGGGGCAGGAUGUAAGCUGGGAUUUUCUGAGCCUGGUGUGGAGUGAGCUGACUGCGGGGGCCAAAAAAGAGCCGCCAUCUACAUUAAGCAGUGUGAGCCAUUUCUGUGGCCUCCGUGCAGUAAUGGAAUCGUCCCAUACAUGAUGUCCCCCCUGCAGGACUGCACAGUGCAGAUGGUGUUAGAUAUGCAUUACACUUCCCGUUUUAUUUUAAACAUCAUAGUCAUUUCUGAAAUGCCACUUGCAUAGCGGAAAGUCAAGCUUAGGAAUGCUACGUUUAGUAAAUCCAGAUGCUUUGAAUUAACAUUAACGAUAAGAGUGAAUAGAUACCAGUUAACUAACAUGGAUGAUUAUACUGCCAAAUUAAUUGGAUAAGCGUUAAUGUUUUGAAGACUAUUAGAGGUAAGAUGAAUGUCGUCAUGCACACAGUUUCACAUGGAUGUGAACCAGGCCCUUGAAGCGUUUUGCUUUCAGGGAAAGAGCAGGAUGAUGUUUUGGGGCUGCAGGAGUUGAUUGUACAUACUAAAAUCAUAACGCAACAUUGAUGUGUUGUGACUGUCUGUAAUUGUUCUUAAAUUGUCUGACCCAAUGGACAAAAUCUUUUGAUCACAACAAGUAGGUCACAUCUUACGAGAUGUUUAAGAGAAAUUCACACUGAGUGCUGAGCUUUGGGGUAUUUUUUGUACAUAUCAUUUAAUGAAAUGCAGGUUGUAUUUUUCUGUUGGGUGGCCCUGAAUACAGGUGACCGACAUUAUCUCAGACUGUGAGAAGCUGUUUAGCUCUGGCUGUGUUUUGUGCAGAUUUUAUGGAGAUAGACUUAUGCAGGAAAUGGUCUCUGUUGCAUCACCUGACAAAGUGCUGCCUCAGCUGACAGACGCCAUGCCAGUAUUUUCCAAACUGGGCCUGCAGCGAGCCAGAAGACAUCUUCAUCUGCCCAGUGCGUGGCUGUGUCUAGGAGUCCGCUCAUUUUUGUUUAAACCAAGCUGUGGAAGUCUUACAGUUUCCAUUUUGAAACUGGUGGGGUGUUUUCUGAAAGCAAAUAAAAUAAAGACGGGAGGUACAUUGUGUCAGUGUCUCCUCCCUUUGGCAGCCUUCAUAGCUUUAUCUCAGCAGUUAGCUUGAACUAGAGAGCAUGUGUGGGUGGGAGAAAGAUGAGACUGAUGAACGGGUGUGAAAAUCUGCUGAAUGCACUACAAAGACACGCUACAAAUGUCAGGCGGCCCGUGGGCUGGGAUGCUGCCCUUCAGCUACGCAGGCUGGGAUGCUGCCCUUAAGCUGUGCGGGCUGGGAUGCCGCCCUUAAGCUGUGCAGGCUGGGAUGCCGCCCUUCAGCUACGCAGGCUGGGAUGCCGCCCUUAAGCUGUACAGGCUGGCCUUUGCUUUUAUUCCUUUCUGUUUGACCUGACAAGGAGCUCUGUUGACUGAGGGAAGCCACACGUCAGAAUGGCCCCAAGUCAGAAUGGCUGAAUUGCAGCCAUGCUGGCUUUGGAUUGGCUUCUUGGUUAGUUUUUUUAAGCUGUCCAAUUGCUUCCUUUACUUGUACAUUUGUUUACUUGUUCAUCAUAACCUGACAGAUUAUUUUAAAUAAGCUAGCUUAAAUAUUAUUUCUUUCCAUACAUUUAUACUUGUUUACAAUUUCCAAUUAACCAAAUAGAGAAAAUCUUUAAAAACAAAUUUGUUUGUCUUUUUAUUAGAGAAAAUAGAAGUAGGGUGAAAAAACUUGACUAUUGUUUAAAAAUCAUUUUCUUAUUUUUAACUUGAAGUUUUUAAGACUGCGCAAGUCUUUUGUUUUUGUACUUGUGCUCCCUCAAGACAAUGGAACUCUAGGAUCUAACACUGCUUUCAAACCAAAACUUUCCACCACAAAUGUUGAUAGUUACGGGGUCCAAAAUGGCCCCUUUGAAAAGCAAAAGAUCUAAACUUUAUCACCUACUGGAGUUCUGCACUAUAUAGAAAUGCUGGAUAUUUUAUAUCUGUUUCCUUUGACUUUUUUGAAAAAGUGCAAUUUUUUUUGUAGUGUUCAUUGACAGAAGUUUGACAGUACCAAAUUUACAUACAUUUGUAAUCAAAUGUGGAUUCUGCAGCUGUCGAAAUCUUUUCCAAAGACAGAUAUUCUGUCUUCUUUAUUCAGAAACUAAAAGAAAAAUGUGUGGGCCAUAAUUGCCCCACUCGUCAGCUACACACCAAUAUCAGUCUGCCAAAUGACAAUAAUUUAGACUUUGCACUAAAUUACAAAGCUAAUCUUUAUUGUGUUUCAAUUCAUGUACUGUAGUCAGUUGCUGACGUCUGUGUUUGGUGCAAUCGCUUCCCACAAAGCAAUGUUAGUCACAUGAGAGAGACCAGGCGUGUGUGCUGGGGGAUGUCAGUCGAUAGGUCCCAUCUCCUCCACCUGCUUGUGUAUUUGUGUUAUACCGUAAGUAAUAUGUAGGUUGUGUGCUUUUUAAAAUCAUUCAGUCAGUUUUCUUUGUCCUUGUUUUUUUUUUUCGUCCUUUGUAAACCGAUUCGGUAAAAACUAAAAGAUAAACAAUCGCCAGCAUCAUCGGAGACAGCAGCAUAACCUGAAGCCUUUGGUCCCUGCAAGUGCAGCAUGCUCUCUAUCUUUUUAUUAUCAUUAAGCAAAUCAUUGGGGAUGAAUGGCUGGUGAAAAUGCGUGCUGAGAAUUUUGUUCAUCCUAUUUGGAGGAGAGCAGCGGGGGCACUGUUGAGCUGUCCGGUGUGAUUGUAGCGUUCUGCUGGCUUUAAUGUCUGCACAAUUCUGAUGUCAUCCAUUUGGUUAUGUUCUGUCCCCAGUCUAUCACCAAACGCAGCCUUUUCUCAGUGUACAAAUCAACAGCUUAUGCCAAUGCUGUGUUUGUCUUAGACUGGUACUUAAGUUUUCUAUGGUACUUCAAAAUAAAAUGAUUUAAAAAAGAAAA